UGCACUCACUGGAUGGUUCGCAUAUGAUGAUGACUGCUGUUGCUUGUAGGGAUGCUGGACUACAAUUUGCAGGGGUACAUGAUUCCUUCUGGACUCAUGCAUGUGAUGUCGACCAGAUGAACAGGAUACUCCGCGAAAAGUUUGUGGAGCUGUACAGUAUGCCUAUUCUUGAAGAUUUGCUCGAAAGCUUCCAGAAGUCAUAUCCAGCAUUAACAUUUCCUCCUCUACCAAAAAGAGGUGAUUUCAAUUUAAGGGAAGUUCUCGAGUCGCCCUACUUCUUUAACUGAGGAACUGAUGACGCUGAAACCCUUUGGAC